AUGAACCAACGCUACACCGAAGGCAUCACUAUGAGUCAAGUCAGAUUCGAGCUUCAAGACUUCCUGGAGGAGGACGAGAUGACCACCAAAGCAUUCCCACCGAUGCUGAAGAACGACCGCAAGGUUCUGCACGAGAUUGCCAAUCACUUCAACCUCAAGUCCAAGUCUGUCGGAAGCGGCAAGAACAGAGCUCCCGUCCUUAUCAAGACAUCCAGGACUAUCGAGUGGAGCUCCGAGCACUUCAGCCGCGUCUCAAACUUCGUCGGCAGAGGUGGAGGAGGAUACAUGAAGAACUCCUCGAAGAAGUCAAGGGUCACUGGAGCCAGCGAAGUCAGGAGAACCAGAGCGAUGGGUGGUGGCGGUGGUGGUGCUGCUGCAUACCGUAACGGAGAUGUCGUCGGCCACAACGCCUCAGAGAUUCCUGCCACCAACUUUGGCAGAAAGCUCAUGGAGAAGAUGGGUUGGGCUGCUGGUAUGUCGCUUGGCAAGGAAGGCUCCGGUGGUCUGCUUGUUCCUGUGCAGGCUACUGUCAAAUCGGGCAAGGCUGGACUGGGUUAG